AUGCAUCUUGUGAGGAAGGGGAGAGUCGCCUUAGGCGCCAGUAUCGUCGGGACGCUUCGCUUUCAGGCCGACAAAGUGUCAAUUUUUCGACAUCAUAGCACAACAACUCCUAGUCCAAGGACGACGCAACCAAAGAUGCAUACACUCAGUGAAAAUAAAGCGGACGCCUCCGCCUACGCAUUUGGUGACGAUCUUGCCAACUACUCUUCUUUACGGCACAACUUCUACUUGUUACUGCACGGCCGGCGCAUGUGGUUGCCGUUGGUCAUGCUGGGUAUAUACAAUGUUCUUGCGCCGCUGUACCUCACCACCUGGAUCACUAAUGCCCUUUAUUGGAGUGGAUGUAUUUUACUGCAGCGCUACAGCGUGCGGGGACGAAUGAACCGCCUCCGAAAGGACUUCACUGACCAUGUUUGCGUUGUUACAGGUGGAACAAGUGGUAUUGGGCUCUACACCGCCAUGCAACUGUGGGAAAUGGGAGCUCACGUAGUGGUCGCCUCCCGUCCAGGAAAGGAAACAGAGACAAGAGAGUUUAUUCGGAAAAACUGUCGGCUCCCAAAGGAGUCAGAGGAGGACACACCACUGGAACGCUUGACCUUUGUGUCGGUUGAUUUAUCAGAUCAAUUGGAAGUCAUGGCAGCGGCCGCCCGCAUUAAGGGAAUGUUCGAUAACCGCGUAGACUUGUUGGUGAAUUCCGCCGCUGUGUGGCGCGAGGUGCCGAACGCAACGCGAAAGGGUCUCGAAGAGCAUAUUGCAACCAACUUCCUUGGCCCAUUCCAUCUAACAGAGGCAUUACUGCCAUCACUGCGUCGGUCACGUCGUGGCGGCCGCAUUGUUUACGUUACAUGUGCAUCGCAUAACGGCGUUCGUCGUGCCGAUGUUGUUCGCGAGCGAAUGACCCUGAAACCAUCAGAAGAUACACAGCAGCUAACGGCACGCUGCUACAGCGCAUCAAAGCUGGGUAAUAUUUACCAUGUUCAGUCCCUAGCCGCUAGGCGCUACGAAGGUAUUCCACUGAACACGCCUUCGGCUGACCUGCGGCCAGUGGAUGUUUGUGCUGUUGAUCCAGGGUUCUGUGCGACAGGUCACACAUGGCGAGAGAGUCCACCAUUUCUUGGCACGGGUUUGUUGGGCCGUGCGCUUCGCUCAUUAUGGAUGAAGGACGGCUAUGAGGGAAGCCAAACAGUAGUGAAUUGUUGCGUGCGGGAAGAUCUGGAAAGUGGCGGUUUUUACGCAGCAUGCAUGUGCAUGCCGUCAGGUCUCAGUCGCCGGGCGCACGACUCCAAGAGUUGUCGUGAGGUGAUGCAGUGGGCAAUGGCGAAAGCAAUUGCGAGGUACUACACCGUAAGGCCGCGAGCAGAUAACAAAGGGGACACCAGCAGCAGUGUUAGUAAUAACCUUAGUAAGGUUAGCAGUGCGAACUGA